AUGGCUUAUUAUUGCUUAAUUUCACUGAUGAUUUUGUUAAAUUCUUCCACUUUCUGCUAUGGUUACACAGAACUCGAACUACUGCUAAAACUGAAGGCCUCUUUAGCAGGACCUCAAAGAAUAGCCCUUGAAGACUGGAAACAAUCUUCAUCUCCUACAUCACAUUGCUCGUUUUCAGGAGUCUCAUGCGACAUAAACUCUCGAGUAAUCAGUCUAAACAUCUCAUAUGUACCUCUAUACGGAUCAAUCCCACCUGAAAUCGGUCAGUUUAGUCAGCUGAAAACUCUGGUUUUAGCAGCUACUAAUCUGACAGGAAAUCUUCCACCCCAAGUAGCAAACUUAACAUCCUUGCAAGUCCUCAACAUCUCCAACAACAAUAUAAGUGGAGAUUUCCCUUCAAUCAAAAUGAUCCAGCUACAAGUCUUGGAUGUCUACAACAACAACUUCUCGGGCCCACUACCCAAAGAACCCGCGAACCUUAAGAAACUGAAGCAUCUGAGUCUUGGAGGAAACUACUUCUCAGGUGGGAUCCCAUCUCAGUACUCACAACUCCAAGGUUUGGAGUACUUGGGUCUAAAUGGUAAUUCACUAUCUGGUAAACUUCCUUCGAGUUUAUCACUUUUAUCGAAUCUUCAGUUCUUAUAUGUGGGCUACUUCAACACUUUCGAAGGAGGUAUACCUACUGAAUGGGCUUUAUUAAGAUCACUUCGAGUUCUUGAUGCAUCUAGUUGCAACCUUUCUGGUACAAUCCCUUCAACUUUGAGUCACUUGAAUGAGUUAGAGAAACUUUACCUGCAACGUAACAACUUUACCGGUCAUAUCCCAACUGAAUUAGGUAGUUUACCAACCUUGGAUGCACUUGAUCUUUCUGAUAAUUCACUCACAGGUACUAUACCUGCAAGUUUUUCCCAGCUAAAGAAUCUUGAACUUCUCAACCUAUUUUCCAACAAAAUGGAUGGUCCGAUACCUGAGCUUCCUACGAUUAAGAAACUAAAUCUAUGGGACAACAACUUCAACGGUCAUCUCCCGGAAAAUCUUGGCAAGAAUUGGAAGCUUGAGUGGGUUGAUGUAGCAGAUAAUCAAAUCAAAGGUCCAAUUCCAAAACAUCUAUGCAAAGGUGGUAAACUACAAGGAUUAAUACUGUAUGGUAAUUCUUUCUCUGGUCCAAUUCCUGAUGAGCUAGGAGCCUGCAAGUCCUUGGUUCGGGUCAGAUUAUCAACAAACUCGUUAAAUGGUUCGAUUCCUCCUGGAAUUUUGAACUUGCCAAUGGCUAAUAUCAUUGAGAUUAGUCACAACAAUUUAACUGGUGAACUCCCUUUGUUUACUUUUACCUCAGCAGAUUCACUCGCGACUCUAGAUUUAUCUAACAACUCCAUCACAGGAAGUAUUCCUCCUUAUAUUCAGAACUUUGUCAGAUUACAGAAACUCUUUCUGGGAAGUAAUAAGUUAUCAGGAAACGUUCCUGAUGAAUUAUUCAGUCUGAAAAACAUAUCAGUCAUAAAUGUAAAACAGAACAACAUUCAUGGGGUGAUACCGAAAUCAAUAGGAAAUUGCUCAUCUCUUAUGACCUUGGAUUUGAGUAACAAUAAUCUUGGUGGAAGAAUCCCAGAUGAGAUCUCAAACCUGAGGAUCUUGAGCAGUCUGAAUCUGUCAGAAAAUCAUUUUGUUGGUGAAAUUCCGACAGAAAUGAAGAAUAUGAUUAGUUUAGUGACACUUGACCUUUCUUAUAACAACUUUUCAGGUAAAAUCCCAACUGAUGGACAGUUUUCUUUCUUCAAGGCGGAUUCUUUUACCGGUAACCCGAACCUUUGCUCUCCAUUUCAGUCAACUUGUGCUUCAGCUGCUGUUACAAGCUCGGUUCCUGGUUCUCAAAUAGGGACAUUCAAAACUAUACUCUUUACUUGUAAGCUGUACUUUAUUUUCUUGUAUUCUAGCUAG